AUGAAUAACUCAGGACAUCCUAUAUCAUAUCCAAAUAAUCAACCAACCAUGAAUAUGGGUAAUAUGGGUCCCGGUUAUCAACAAACUUCUACUUCCCCUCCGCCUCUUGAAAGUGGAAUAACAUCCACAGGGCAGCGUGUUUCAACGCCACCCUCAGCAGGCAUUCAUAAAUCAAAACGUCAAUAUCCGAAACAAAUUGCGGAAGCUUAUGCGGAUACUGGUAAUUCAUUAGAUCCAUAUCAACUUUAUACACCAGCAGCUGCUCCUGGAACGGGCAAUCUUCCUCAACAGCCAAUACAACAAAUUCCUCAAUCUCAAUUUUUUACUCCUGGUGGAGAUCAACAACCAACAUAUAAUCAACAACAACCACUAACAUAUAAUCAACAACAACCACCAACAUAUAAUCAACAACAACAACCAACAUAUAAUCAACAACAUCAACCAACAUAUAAUCAACAAUCACCAACAUAUAAUCAACAAUCACCAACAUAUAAUCAACAACCAUAUUCUCCUAACAUAGCUGGAGUAACAAAUCAAUUCAGUAAUUUGGGAUUUGGUGGACCAGCAGCACAGUCUCAAUUGAUCCCAGUUCAUCUAAUCGGUACUUCUCCGAAUGUCAGGGAAUUAAGUGCUCCCCCGCCAUCAAUUAAUCUACCACCUAACACGUCUGUUACUCCAUCGGACAAAGCGAAUUGUGAUCCAUCUUACAAACGAUGUACUCUCAAUGCGAUACCUGCUACUUCAAGUCUUUUAAGUAAAUCACGUUUACCUCUUGCUCUUGUUAUUACCCCUUAUAGAAGUCUGAAAGAGGGUGACGAUCCGGUCCCAGUAAUUACAGAUACUGUUAUAGCGAGAUGUCGAAGAUGUAGAACUUACAUCAAUCCUUUUGUAACGUUUGCAGAAGGUGGACAAAAAUGGAGAUGUAAUAUGUGCUUUUUAUUAAAUGAAGAGUUGAAUCACGCUGUUGUUGAAUUCGUAGCACCAACAGAAUAUAUGGUUCGUCCUCCUCAGCCUCCAGUUUAUUUAUUUGUAAUUGAUGUUUCCUUUCCUGCUGUGCAAUCUGGGGCUGUGGCGACCGCUGCAAAGACCAUUUUGGAGUCUUUGGAUCGAAUACCUAAUGAGGAAAAUCGCACAAAAAUUGGAUUCAUAACUUUUGAUUCUUCGCUACAUUUUUAUAGUUUGAAUUCUAAUGCUUCAGAACCUCAAAUGUUGGUCGUAUCUGAUCUUGACGAUGUAUUUCUCCCGCAACCAGAUGAUUUAUUAGUAAAUCUUAGUGAAUCUCGAACUGUAGUUGAGUCAUUACUUAGUCGCUUAGGGGAUAUGUUCAAAGGCACACAGAUAGUUGGAAAUUCUCUAGGAUCUGCAUUAUUGGCUGGCUUCAAAUUAAUUUCCCCAAUUGGAGGCAAGAUUGUUACGCUAUUAUCAAGUUUACCAAGCAUCAAUCCCGGUGCAUUGAAACCUCGGGAGGAUUCAAAAGCUUUGGGUACUCCAAGGGAAUCAUCUUUACUUUUGUCCGCUGAUCCUUUUUAUAAAAAAUUUGCAGUCGAUUGUUCGAGGGCGCAAAUUUGUGUGGAUAUGUUCUUACUUAGUUCACAAUAUACAGAUGUAGCGACAUUAAGGAGAACAGAAGAUGCGCUCAAAUUUGCACACGAAUUCGCUGAAUAUUUGGCCAGUCCUUUGGGUUUGGAAGCAGUAAUGCGUGUCCGAGCUUCAAAAGGUCUUCGUAUGAAUACAUUCCAUGGUAAUUUCUUUGUACGUCAAACGGAUUUGCUUGCUUUACCAAAUGUGUCAAGAGACCAUUCCUAUACAAUUGAAGUGGCCAUAGAAGAUAAUAUAACAACUCCCACUCGAAGAAUUCGGGUAUUAACUUUAGCAUUACCGGUGACUAAUAAUAUGGGUGAAUUAUUUGCGUCAGCUGAUCAGAUUGCCAUAACAACACUGCUUGCAAACAAAGCGGUGGAGAGAUCACUUUCUUCAAAAUUGGAAGAUGCUAGAGAUGCAUUGACAAAUAAAUUGGUGGAUAUUUUGGGAGUAUACAAAUCCUCUCUGACUGGAUCUCAAAGUGGAGCAUCUCCCCAGUUACAAAUUUGUGAUAAUCUCAAGUUGCUUCCCUUGUUGUCCCUUGCAUUACUGAAACAUGUCGGUCUUCGUGCAAGUUCACAAAUUCCUACAGAUUUACGGUCAUACGCAAUGUGUUUGUUGACAACGUUGCCAUCACAAUUGUUAAUUCCAUAUCUACAUCCUCAAUUUUAUUCUCUACAUAACAUGCCUCCAGCAGUUGGAACAUAUGGACCCGAUGGGACUAUUAUGCCUCAACCAUUGAACUUAAGUAGUGAAAAAUUAGAUCGGAGUGGAGCUUAUUUAUUGGAAGAUGGUCAAAAUAUUUUUAUUUGGAUUGGUCGACAAGUAGAUCCUCGACUAUGUGCGGAUUUGCUAAAUGUUCGUUCAUAUGAGGAAGUUCGAGCCGGAAAAACUACACUACCACAACUCGAUAAUUUAUUCUCUCAACGGGUAAAUUCAAUUAUUGGCAAAACACGAGAAUCGCGACGAGGAGUUUAUCACCCCCAUUUAUACAUAGUAAAAGAGGACGGUGAUCCAUCAAUACGGUUAUGGUUCCUGUCGCAUAUCAUAGAAGAUCGAACAGAUACAGUAAUGAGUUAUCAUCAGUGGUUAGGAACUUUGAAAGAUAAGACAUUCAGAGAACGAAUAGGGAGAAAGACUAGUACGAAAUUCCAAAAGUUGUAG